AUGCCGCUAAACAAAAACAACCAACUAACCAACAUUCUUCUUUCUUUUUCCUCUUUCGUUCUAAUUUUUCUUCUUCUUCUUCUUCUUCUUCUUCUUCUUCUUCUUCUUCUUCUUCUUCUUCUUCUUCUUCCGGACUUCUAUCGACCUCUAUUCUUAUUUCCCUGUUUCACCUUCUCCAGCUUUUUUGUUAAUCCUCCUCCUCAUCUUCUUCAACUGUAUUCUCCCCCUCCUCUUUGUUUCGGUUCUAUUUGCCAUCUUCUCUUUUUAAUCCACCAUUUACGCCCCCCAACCUUUACUGUCUCCUAUCACGUUCUUCUUUCUCUUCUGCCUUCUUUUCCGGCGUAUUCACUUCCUCUUUUUAUAUUUUCUUCUUUUCCCAUCCCCUUUUAUGUCUUCUUCUCUUCGUCUCUUUUUUUUAACGUCUUCCUCCCCUUUCACUGUUUCCUCUUCGCCUUUUACCGUUUCUCUUCUUUAUUGUUGACCUCCUCCUUUUUUGUUUCUACUCCUCCCCUUCUUUUUAUUGACCUUCCACCCUCUUUUUCCAACAUACUCCCCUCCCCCUUUUAUGUCUUCUUCUCUUGCAUCUCUUUUUUGCCACCUCUUCCUCCCCUUUCACUGUUUCUUUCUCUUCGCCUUUUACCGUUUUCUCUUACUUUCCUAGUUCGCCUCCUCCUUUUUGUUUCUACUCCUCCCCUUCUUUUUAUUGACCUUCCACCCUCUUUUUCCAACAUAUUUUUAUGUCUUCUUCUCUUGCAUCUCAUUUUUUGCCCCCUUCCUCCCCUUUAUUUUUUCUCUUCGCCUUUUACCGUCUUCUUUCCUAGUUCCUCCUUUGUUUCUCCUCCCUUCUUCAUUUUAUUGACCUUCACCUCUUUUUCCAAAACUCCUCCCCCUUUUUUUCUUCUUUGCAUUUUUUUUUCCACCUCUUCCCUUUUCAAAUUUUCUUCUUUUACCGUUUUCUCUUUCCUAGUUCGCCUCCUCCUUUUUUUUUCUUUUUUCCCAACUCCUCCCUAUUUUUAUGUCUUCUUUCUUGCAUUUUUUGCCCCACCACCUCCCUCCUUUCAAAAAGUUUCUUUCUCUUUUUUCUCUCCUUUACCGUUUUUCUCAUACUUUCCUGGGCCUCCCCCUUUUAUGUCUUAA